AUGGCUUACGUUGCGCAACAUCCGCAGCUCUUGGUGUCUGGUGGCUGUCAACCACGUGUUCUGAGUCCGCCUGGCAACUAUGCGCCUCAACCGGUGUUGCUGUCGCCCACCGCAGGGCUGGUGCCUGGAAACCCUGAGAGAUGGAAAGCUUCGUUGGAAGGAGGAAGGAGUCAGGAGAUUGAUAUUUGGACCGCAGGAAUCAAAGACCUGAGGAGGGACGAUCCAGGAGAAGUGAUUUCUGAGGGCGAUGAGAUUGCUCCAAAGCCGUUGCUCAUCAUCAUUGUCGUCAGAUAUUGUGAUGAAGUCACCGCAAUGAUGACGAGAUCAAAACAGACGUAG